AUGGCGAUGAAGACUGCAGGACAGGCGCGGACGAGAGUCCUAGGAAAUGUGUUCACCUUCACCAGUAGUGCCGGCAAAGAUGAGCAUCUUCUUGCCAUAGCCGUGCAAGCCAAGGUGAUUAAACUCACACCAGAAGUAUUCCUGGACAUGACUACCUGGGAGGUAGGACUAUCAGGAUGUCCCAUGAAAGAGGAUCGUGUAAAGGAUAAAGCAUGCGGUAAAGGCUGGACGAUGUUUGAAGAACGCUGCUACCAGAAGUUUUCCUCACCACUUGUCUGGUGGGCUGCGGAGAGGUACUGCCAAGCUCUGAGUGGUCAUCUGGUGGCUGUGAAUACUCCACAGGAAAACGAGUUCCUCCGAGACAACAUUGGGAACGGAUGGAUAGGGAUGAAACUAGCUGCUGUCUUGAUCAAGAAAGAAAGAGAGAAAAUUGCCAACUUUGCUUGGAGCGAUGGAAGUCCAGCGGGUGACGCUUUCAAGGAACAGGAAAUUUUGUUUGAUGAUUUCCAAGAAUACAUUCGGAGAUCUAAUGAUCCCUUCUGUGCUUUCCUUGAAGACCACGACGCCUUCCCUUCGUCAGUCUACUGCCUGUGGACCAUCGAUGGUCCUCCUGGAAGCUACGUCACGCUUGUGCUGCUGGACGUAGAUUUGCCCUGUGCCAGCCGCGCGCUGCAGGUCAGGGACAGGUUCCUGACAGUAGGGUGGAACACGAUCCACGGGCUGUGUCACGGCGAGGGCGAACAGAAGCGUUAUGUGUCGAGCUCCAAUGAAAUGCGUUUGGUCAUGCUGGCGACGAGCAACAAUGCUAAUUUCGGCGACAAUCGUGGGUUUAUGGCAACGUUCAACGUCAGUACGUUCAGCCCUAGCCGACAGGUGAUGAGCAUCCCUGAUGAUGCAGGUCUCUACGACAUCCACCUUAACCGAACCUUUGUCUGGACCGAUGGUACGCCGGUGACGUACAUGGACUGGUCACCAAUGGAUGUCAGGACCUGGUUCCCACAGCCGGACGGCGCCAAGAUGUCCUAUUGCGUUGCCAUAGUGAUGAAGAACGUCUGGGGAACUGACCAGUGGUACGACGUGUCCUGCGAUGAACGAGCCACAAGGUCCUUCAUCUGCAAGCGGGCGGCCGAAAGAGUGACCCGUCCGGGAGACAAUGCCUAA